AUGGCAUCAACAAUCGCAAUCGGUGUUGGCAUCGCCGCCGCAGCUUUCUUCGGACGCGCGGGACUCGUGGCUUUUCGACGAUACCGAAACCCCAACGGACUCAACGCACUGGGCCGACCAUUCUACAAAGGCGGCUUCGAGUCUAAAAUGACCCGACGGGAAGCCAGUUUAAUCCUCGAACUCAGCGAGCGCACUCUCACCAAGGAGAAGCUUCGGAAGAGCCAUCGAGGGCUGAUGCUCGCCAACCAUCCCGAUCGCGGUGGGAGUCCCUACCUGGCGAGUAAAAUAAACGAGGCGAAGGAAUUUUUGGAGAAGAACGGUUGA